AGUGGUGAGAGGGGAGGAUGUGAGGUUAGGGAGAGGGUGGAGGGUGACGAGUUGUCCAGUAUUUCCCACACUGGCUCCCAGCAAGGCGGAGGCAAUGUCACAGUUGACUCAAAUAUGGACUUACCUAAAGGUGGAGUGAGCGGUCCUACUUCUGGUCAUCCACAGAACACGAUUGCCCUACAAAACCAGCACCAUCCACUGGAGAUUGCCCACAAGAUGCCGAGCUUCGUGACUGCUCGUCCCACCACUACUGCCACUAGUGGAUCUUCUAGAACAAUCCUCGCUAAUCAACCAGCCUUUGUACAGGAGUCCUCUCACAGUGUGUCUAGGAACCAGAGGGUCCGGAGACUCCCACCUGGAAGAGCUACAACUACUGGAGCAGCAAGUAAUGGAAUCCACGAUGAUCUCUCAGUCCUCCAGAAGCUAGUGCAAGAUCUUGAGAGAGAGCUACUGGAUUACGAGAAGACUUCUGGUUAUAGCUUCCCUGUCAAGAAGCCAGCAGCUGCACAGAGUGGUACAUUCACCUCCUUGACCGCCUCUCUGCUUGCGUCGGUAACAAAACUCACCCACUACCUGAAACAGAGCGAGGUCCAGUUGAAAGGAGAAGUGGCUGUCAGAAACCAGUUGCUGCAUGCCAUGGGCGAGCAGCAGAAUCUAAUGGAUGCCUUGACAGCAGAUGUCGUGAAGCUCCAAGAAGAGAACUCCUCACUCAAGAGUGGACUCCAGCAGUUGGAGCAGACCACUGCACAGCACACAAAGACCCUACAGGAGGAUGUCUUAGAACUUCGCACAAAGAUAUGUGCAUUGGAACAAAUCAAGCCUUUUCCUGUGAAGUCUUCUGUUGCUACUAGUCAGCCUACUGGAUCAAAUGGUGAGGCUUCUGCUUCCGCGAUGACAUCACCACCAGCAUCAUUUGCCAAAGCUUCUCCAGAACGUGUGGUGGACAACUGUGAUUCUUCCAUUCCACCGUCCCCACAACACUUCUAUUCCAGCAGACUGGCGCCAAGUAUUACUAAUACCCAGGGGCCUCCCCUCGAUGCCAGUCUCGGUCCGACUCCAGUGCUGCCGUCCAGCAUGAAGUCAUUCCUUCCACACCCGGCCAUGUUCUACCAUCCUUGGUCUCUUGCUAACACAGGGCCAGGUAUGGAGUCAACCCCAGCACUCUACCAAACACCAGCCGACGGACUGACGAAACCUUCUCUCUAUCUGCCUUUUACUCCGACUCCACUAUCAGCUCUGUCAGUGCCCCAAGUGACCCCCAGGCUCUCUAUGACAACACUAUCUCCCCCAGGUGUCAGUGUCUCUCCGCUGCCUCUCGGCUCAGCCUCACAAACUCCUCCCAUCUCAUUACCUGCCCCCAAUGUCAAUGUCUCAGACAGCUUUCUUUCACAAGUUCCGUCUUUCUCCGUACCUCCCUCUGGUGUUGGUGUACCUCUCAGUUUAGCACCACAAUUCCCCUCUAUUACCCUACCGCCCUCCAAUGUCAAUGACUCUCCUGUGAGCUUGGUCUCACAAGCUGCUGUAUAUGUGCCUCGCUCUAGCGUCAGUGGCUGUGCCCUACCCCUCAGCUUACCUUCACAACCUCCUCCUGCCUACCAACCUACUCGUACACUACCUUUCCAACCCAUGCCCCUACAACAAUCGUCCCUGUCGUCCCACCGUCCUCCUUCCAAUCCGGCCGUCUCUGUUCAGCUUCCACCAUUACCACCUCUGUCUCUGCCAUACUCCUGGGAGGCACCUGUGGCUACUUUGCCAUCACUCAGCAGGGGUACUACAGUACACACCCUUUCCCCUGCUCCACGGACUAAUCCCACAUCUUUAGCCACUGUGACACUCAGAAAGACUGCAACUACAGUACCAGCUCCCCCGAUGACUCAGCCCGACUUGUCCCUAUCGCUAUCCUCUCUCCCUGCUCCUGAAGGCACUAGCAGACGGUCUGAAGUGUCUCCCUCUCAGAGUAGUGAGAGCAGUCUGGACAUUGAGGCCUCUCUGGCCAGGAUGUCCUCCCUGGCCCGCUCUGUCCUGCAGGAACUAGCCCAGGACCGUGGCCACCUCUUGAGUAACUCCUCCCAGUCUCCCCACUCCUACUCCACCCCAUUCCCCCCACCACCUGGACAGAAACGCUACCUAUCAGCAGUGGAAAGUGUUGGUAGUAGCAUGACAACAGUCACCUCUUUGGACUCUGAACUGACUCCUCCCAGUGUCGACUCACUAGCAACACAAGAGUCUCAUCAGCUCCAUGACCUACCAACACCCUCAUCCACUGUGAAGGACUCUCCCACUUCUGUAUCAACACAAUAACUCUUAUAUGUACACAUCUGAUGACUGUAAUACACAUUGUACAGGUUUGUGUGACUAUACAGGUGCACACUUAACAGGGGGGGAAAUGAUAAAAAUGUGCUCAGACCAUAGUUUGAUCAUUGUUGCUAGUGAAGAUGCUGACCCCAGUCUCAUAGUAGUCGCCAUCCACGAGUUUGUGGAGUGGUAAGGUAGGCUCCUGCUCUGGGCUGUGUGGUUUAGGUUUAGGACCAAGCGGUGGUGGUGACGG